AUGCACGACGAGUCUGACGAAACGUGCAUGUUCUUCGUGGACGACUCCAACAUUUGGAUUGAGGCACAAAAGUUCGCCGCCUCUGGCAAUGAAUACAUGCCCAAACUGGAGGACAGCGACAUUGACCUACGUCUUCGGAUCGAUAUUGGGAGGCUGGUCAGCACGCUUUGCAAAUCGCGCACACAAGGCCUCUCGUUCUUGUACGGGUCGCGGCCACCGCCCAACGAUUCCGUGUGGAAUGCGUUUAAGAACAGAUUCAAGUUCAAGACCAAGAUUUACAACCGGAACUCGCAAAACAAGGAAAAGGAAGUGGACAACUCGCUGGCCACGGACCUUGUCUAUGAAGCCACCAAACUCCACGUAGGCGCUCGCUACGACCCCAAGGUCCAGCAGAGGAAGGAGAGGACGGUGUUCAUCGUCAUCACGGGCGACCGCGACAUACUGCCGCCCGUCAGGAAGGUGUUGGACUCUGAUAUCCGGGUGGAGCUCUGGGGAUGGAAGAACGGCAUCGCCAAGGAGUACUACAAUGAGCAGAACGACCGCCAGGGUCUGCUGACGAUCCACCACCUGGAUAAGGAGUUCAAUAACAUCUUCUUCACCAAUUUUAGAUCGACCCGCAAGGGCAACAAGGCGCAGCCCGUUGACCCCGCGCGAACCAUGGUGCUAUGUGGACUGGACGAGCCAGCUGCCGAGGAGCUCGACGAGGACUCUAUCGCCAAGGAGCUCCUUCAGUUGCGCCGCUUGUUCUACAUAAGUCCAGCCAAAUCCACAGCGGAGAUACUCGUGGAAUUUCCCAACGUCGUUCAAAUUGAGGACAUGAUCUUCAAGUCGCGGGAGCUGUUUGACGGCAUGCUGACGGUCAUAUCGUGGCCUGAAUACGCUCAGCGAUUCAACCGAAAGGCGCCCGAGGUGGUGGAAAGGAAGAACAUGUACAAGCCGCUGACGGACGGUCCCAGUCAGCCCGCCGCCAACGAUACGAAGCAAGUGGACAGCAAACCCGUUCAAAGGCAACCCGAGCCCCCUCGCAGCACAGGACCUCCGCAAAGGCACGCGCAAAGCACCAACGUGCCGGUCGCCAAUGAUGCUCCGGACAAAAGCGAUGGCUGGCAUACAGUGAGUCGAUCCGACCCAGCGAGGGACCAUCGUCGCGCCAUCCGCCAGACACAGCAAUGUCCCGACCGGAUCCGCUGCCGGAAGAGAGGCGAGUGCGGUUUCCAGCAUACCAGAGAGGAACGGGACUUGUUUCGCGACAAUCCGGAGCAGAACUUUGCGCUGUGGAAGACGAAGAGAUGCAAUGCGCCCUACUGCCAGCGCGGGAAGAGAUGCUGGUUUGCCCACACGCAGGCGGAAGGAUGGUGUCUGUCCUGUAAGCAUGGGGGGCAUUGCACUGACGAG